AGCUUUCCGCACAUGUUCUUUUAAAGGACCGUCCGCCAAUUGCAAGUCGCGCGUCGUCGAGCACCCAUCGCCUGUUCAGUUUUCCACGACCAAAAGUCGCUCCAGUGCGCGUCCCGCCCGCCGGCGAGGCCGAAAAUUCGCGCUCGUGCAUCAUCCAGUGGCGUCGGCGACUUGUCCCCCGCGGCUUGCAAAGUGCGCAUUGUCGAUCCACCAGGACGCGUGACGUCACCACCAGUCGGUAGAUCCGCCAUUUUGCCGACAUUCGGGUGAGCGAGUCCCGUUUUGUGCGGAUGCGUCCCGUCGCGCCGCAGUCCCUUUAAUCGCGUGCUAGGUAACAUCUGCGCGCCGACCGCCCCUCACUCUCUUACGUAUCUCAACAGUUCGAAAUCAGCAUGGACGAGAAGUCGGUCUGCAAGGAACUCGACCAGUGGAUUGAACAGCUCAACGAAUGUAAGCAACUCACAGAAAGUCAGGUGAAGACGCUCUGCGAGAAGGCCAAGGAGAUUCUCGCCAAAGAAUGCAACGUACAGGAAGUCAAAUGCCCGGUCACCGUCUGCGGCGACGUGCACGGCCAGUUCCACGAUCUGAUGGAGCUGUUUCGGAUAGGCGGGCGCAGUCCCGACACAAACUAUCUCUUCAUGGGCGACUACGUUGAUCGGGGCUACUACUCCGUGGAAACCGUCACCUUGUUAGUAGCACUCAAGGUGCGCUACAAGGAACGCAUUACGAUACUGCGCGGCAACCACGAAUCGCGUCAGAUCACCCAGGUGUACGGCUUCUACGACGAAUGCCUGAGGAAGUACGGCAAUGCCAACGUUUGGAAGUUCUUCACGGAUCUGUUCGAUUAUCUACCUCUCACGGCGCUCGUCGACGGCCAGAUCUUCUGUCUGCACGGCGGUCUUAGCCCCAGCAUCGACACCCUCGAUCAUAUUCGAGCUCUAGAUCGCUUGCAAGAAGUGCCACAUGAGGGACCAAUGUGUGAUCUACUGUGGUCCGAUCCGGACGACCGCGGUGGUUGGGGCAUUUCACCUCGCGGCGCCGGCUACACCUUCGGCCAGGAUAUCUCCGAGACCUUCAACCAUUCGAACGGCCUGACGCUGGUGUCGCGCGCCCACCAGCUUGUCAUGGAGGGCUACAACUGGUGUCACGAUCGUAACGUGGUUACCAUAUUUAGCGCGCCCAACUACUGCUAUCGGUGCGGCAAUCAAGCCGCCAUCAUGGAGCUAGACGAUGCCCUAAAGUAUUCAUUCUUGCAGUUUGAUCCAGCACCAAGACGCGGCGAGCCGCACGUGACGCGCCGAACGCCUGACUAUUUUCUUUAAGCAUCGUAUCAAUCCCCGCACAUUAUUCAGCUAUAAUUCAACUCUACGGAACACACACAAAACUACACACUACAUCUAUCGGGGUAAAAACAUUCAACUACGCAUGCGUUCUACAAAUUUUAUUUAAAGUCGUAUCAUCAAGUUAAUUAUAUUAUGCGAAACCGAAAGAAAACACAUGCGACGUGAGGGGAUCUUCAUGAUGAGAUCCACGGCGGAAUUCUUUCGGCAUGGCUUAGUCGGCGUGGCUUUAUUAUACACUUCUCUUUUUUUUUUAAAUAAUUAUUCCUAUACAUACCAUUAUACACGUAUACAAAGUAAAGAAAACGGAAAAAAAUGGGAAAAUGAAAAUAAAUGAACCGUUUACCAGUUCAUAAUCUAUCAAGUGUCGUGUCGUGUUUUUAUUUCAACUGCGGCGCCCGAUGUUAUUGAUUCGUGUGUGUGAGGCACUCAGUUUAUUUUUUGCACGCUGGCCACCCACAAAAACUAAUGUUUAUAUCUACUUAGUAAUUGUGUUUUGAUUUAGUAAUUUUUGGUCGCGUAAAUAAUUAUUUUCUACUUAAUAUGGACUAAAAAAAAAAUUGUACCAGAUAAAUGAAGCUGUAAAAAUACUAUUAUUCAUGUUUAUGUUAAGAUUUAUCGAUGAUUUGUACCUGCUGGCACUGAGAUUAACUGUAUGAAUUAAUGUGCGGAGCAGGGCAAAUCAUAAAAAGCAAACAACAGAUUAAAAUCGAAAUUGUCGAAAAUA